AUGCAAAAUAUACAGCAAUCAAUAUCAAAAAUCGAAGAAGCAACAAGAAAAUUAGAAGAAACCAUGAGAAAAGCAGAAGAACGAAGCUAUCAAAGAGAACAACUAGGAUCACCAUCAAUACAAAUAAACAACACACAACAACACAUGCAAGGGUACCCACAACCACCACCAAUACAACCUUUCUACCAACCACCACCAAUACAACCAUUCUACCAACCACCACCAAUACAACCAUUCUACCAACCACCACCAAUACAACUAUUCUAUCAACCACCACCAGUACAAAUGUACCUGCAACCAUUCUUCCAGCCGCUGCCAGUAGCACAAUUGUAUCCAAAACCAUCGAAACAAGUAGUACAAUACAACUACCGACCACAACAACACUUCUUUUAG